AUGGUUAGAAAUAUUGCAUUGAUAACAUUGACCAUAUUAUAUACAGGAAUGAUAAUAAUAAUCAUUUCUCUAUAUCAAAACAAUCGAUCUCAAUUGACAUCACUACUCUACCAAAAAUUUAAUAGUUCGAAUAUUAUAUCAACGAAAUCUUCUCAAUACAUAUGGUGUGUAAAUCAUUAUGGUCCAAAUAAUCAAUUAAAAGAUUUUAUCAAAUGUUGUAUUAUAGCAAAACUGAAUAAUUAUACUAUAGUCAUACCUCCAUUAUAUCCACAUUAUGGUCGAAGAAAAACACGAUCUAUUCAAUGGUUUGAUGAAUUUUAUGAUUUAAAACAAUUGAAUUUAGUUGUUAAUUUCAUAACACUUGAUCAAUUUAUAGCAAAAUUUAAGACUAAUAAAAAUAAAGUAAUGAUAGAUUGUUAUAUUCGACAAGCGGAAUUAAUUUCAAAUAGAAUGUGGUAUCCGAUGAAUACUCUUGUAUCGAUUCAGAAUUACUUUAAAAUAAAAAUCGAUUUUUAUCGUUAUGAAAAUAUUUCUCGAAAUUUAAAUAUGAAUGAAAUAUUGAAUAAAUCUAAAAAAUGUUCAUCUAUAUUUCUCCAUAUCCAUUAUACAGCAUUUGGACAAUAUUUCUCAUCUCCUAAUAUUUAUAUACAACCCAUUUUUCAACAUCUACAUCGUACUCCAUUAAUUCAACGUAUGGCAUCACAAUUAAUAACAUUAUUACCAAAUUUAGUUGUUGGAAAAAAUCAUUCUCAAGCUAAACUCUCAAAACUCGCUGUUAUUCAUAUGAGACUAGGUGAUUACAAUGUUAUGAGUUUAUCGAAUUACAUUCAGCAAAUAUUAUAUCUAAUUAAUAGUAGUGCUCAUUUUACACAUCUACAUAUAAUGUGUCCAUAUUUAACAUCUACAAAUAUAAAACAAUUAACUGAUAGUCUUCCAAUUGCAUUCACUACUACACAGCAUUUAUUAAAUUAUGUACGUUUUAUAUUGGAUGAUUAUUUAUAUGAUGUAUUAGAACAAGAAAUAGCUUAUCAGGCACCGAUUUUUAUUGCAUCACCUUGGUCAACUUAUUCAGCAACAGUUUUAAUACAAAAAGUCUAUCAUAAAAAAGGAAUUGUAUAUGUAUCAUCGAAAAAGAAUAGUAGUCGACCACUUCUUGUGACAGAAAAAAAAUGUAAAAUAUUUCAAAUAGUAUAUUUUAUAUAA